UUAACAAAUUUUGCGGGGUUUUAUUUGACACUUAUUCUUUCGUCGUGGUCAACCUCAUGUCUCAAGGUUGGUGACAGAAUUCACGUUACAGUGUUUAUAGGCUCCUGAAACCACUUAACAAAAGAUAAAUCGUGACAUCAUACCCGAUCCUGUGGACCGAAUGGUAAACAGUCGACGUCGCCCUAUACACAUAAUUACGGAUCCUCCCGAUCCAUUAAUUAACAGUGCCUCAAGCACCGGACACCGUCCUCGCCGAACCCGUCGCUUGCGACGAAGGACUCAACGAGUAAAUUAACCCAUAGACACAGCCCACUGAGUUUCACGCCGGAUUUUCUCAGUGGUCUCAGUGGUUCGUUUUUCCGAUCCACUGCUCUUGCUAGGGCCAGUGGACUUUUUGACGGGAACGCGAGCAGUGAAGUUGUGUGAUUUGUUUUAUUUAGUGUUUUUUUCAGGUUUAAAUGUGUAAUAACGGUGCUUUAUUAACUGUUUAGUAUCUGUGAAAGUGCACAAAUGUGGGAAAAUGAAACAAAGGGGCUGAACGUAACUUCUCGGGAUCCUACAAAAAGUCCACUGAAAAAGUUUCAGUAAAUAACCACCAUUUUACUGAGAUUAUAUUUCAUCUCAUAUCAUAUCAUCUCAUCUCAUUACAUUUCAUUUCAUGCCAUGUUACAUAUUAAUCAACUUUAUUUUAUUUCAUAAUAUUAUUAUCAUUUUUCCAGUAACCACUGAACACCAGGUGGGAUGUGAGUUCGUCCAUACAUGAAAGCAAUAAAAAAAAAUUAAAAAAGUUUUCAUUAAAAUUAAAAUAAGACUUGACCUAAAGGUCUUAGUUACCAGGUCACAAUCCAAUAAAAAAAAUACACAAUAUUUUCUUUUUCAGUCGUUUUCUGACCACGGUCUACAGAUACUGUCUGCUGUUUACUUUUCUUAAAAUUUAUUAACAAAAAUGCCGAAGAAGCUUAAAGUAGUUGUAAAAUCGCUUUACUCUCAUGAGAUUCGUAAAGAUGUAAGAUUGGAAAACUUGAAGUCACUGAAACUUGAAGAUGCGUGGCCGUUUAUAAGAGACGAAAUAGAGAUUGAAAUUGGAAGCAGGCAGUUAGUGUGUAUACCGCACAUCACUGAAGCUGAUUUAUACAAAGUCACGUCUCUGUUCGUGCCAAACGAGAAAGAGAUUAACGGUAAAAACUUCACGCCUCUCGGAGAAUUAUUAAAAAAUUUAAACAAAAAGAAAUCAAAUGAAGAUUACGUGAAGUGGUUGGAAGACGGCGACUUUCAAGAUAUUGAUUUCAAGUUUCCACACGAGAGUGUAAAGAUCACUUUGCAAGAUGAAGCCAUCAAGAAUAAAGUUAGAGUCAUCAUGGUGAACUUCUCCAGAUGUACGAUUCCUAAGAAUAAGGAACUCGUUAAAAAAAUUUAUUUGGAUGUUGAAAAUAAUGAAGAUCUGAAGGGGAAGAAGUCCGUUUAUAUGAUCACUGAUGUGCUUAUGGCGAAGACCAUAGAGUUCCGAGUGACAAUUGGCUCGUCUUCUAGAAUCUUCCAUCUCGGUAAUGCAUCGCCUCUUGUAUUUGGACUUGAAGAAUACUUAAUCGGUGACGACGGACAGCUCAUUGCCAAGGAACCGGUCACAAUACAAUCCAAGUUGUUGCACUGGCAGAAGGUUGACCCUUCGGAUCACUUGUACACACCAGACAAGGAGGCUUGCGCAGUGUAAAUCAAGAAAGAGAAAAAGAGAAAAAAUCAAUAGAGAGAAAAAGAGAAAAAAUCAAUAAAGAUAUUUUACUCGCUAGGACCUAUACGUGUGACGCUUUGCAAGCACGAAGUCUUGAGCAAGCCCAAAUUUUACCAUUCGAAUUUCAAAAUUUACUAUUUCGUGGUCAUUCAAUUAUGGAACCUUUAAUUUUUAGAGACACGCUUCGAGCAGGUCACCUAUAUGCGGCUUAAUGUUCAACACCUCGAUUUAUUAAUAAUACGUGCAUAUUAUGCACUUGUAUCGGCGACUUAAUUUUUUUUUUCUGUAUUAUCUAUAAGUAUAUAUAUAUUAUCAAUGGUGUUUUUGAUUACGUAAAUCACAUUUUACGAUUUAAUUUUAUAAAAUUGUUUUCCAUAUCUGGGCAAGAAAGGGGUUUGUUUAAAAAUUCAGACACAAUGAUUGGCACAGCCAUGACUUAAUAUAGGUUACUUAAUACAUUUCUAUCUUGGUCCUAUUGAAAUUAAAUUUCACCUUAAUAAUUUUAUUAGUAUUAGCAACACUUUAAAAACGUUUUUGUGGUAUUGUAAUGUACUUAAUCUAUUUUUGUUCAUUUUGUUUAACAUUCCAGGCAUUGAAAAUGAAUAAAUUUUGUUUUAUUUAAAUAUAAUGUUCUAUAUGUCCAAUGUAUUAAUCUUUAAAAAAAUGUGUGUGACGGUUGUACAAACCAUUGAAUGUACAUUUAUAUUAUUUAAACUAUACCAUCUAGUAAUAUUAGUUAAGUAUAUGUAGUUAAGUAGGUAUUUUUGUGAUUUUUUUGUGAUCAUUUUAAAUUUUAUUUAUUUAAAUAUAUCAAUACAUGUUUGACAUAAAAAACACAAGCUUAUUAGAAUUAAUAAAAUUGCGUGUUAGUUAAA